AUUUCCGUCGAAUCCUUCAUCAGAUUGAUCACUUCUCGAUGAAGUGUGUUAAACUUGAGAAAAAUUUCCUUUAUCAUGUGAUUUUUAUCUCUUCGGUCUAAUUGGCAAGGACGCGUGUUAGGUUUGAUUUUAACUCCCAGGAUUUUGGGAGCGAUGACGGACACAACUAACGCGAAAGUUGUGUCCUUGUUUGGAUUGUUUUUCGGGACCGUGUUCUGUGGCAUAUUUCCAAUCAAAGUCGAACAGCUUCUCGCCGCAUGGCAUUCGUAUGGCGACCAUGAAAGUGCAGCCCGACGUUCACGAUGGGGCGAUACGCUACUGUCUUGGCUUCUUUGCUUUGGUGGCGGUGUACUGUUCGCCACCUGUUUCAUCCACAUGAUUCCUGAAGUUCGAGAAGGAUUUUCUGCUGCAAAGUGGGAUGAAGACGAAUUUCCGUGGACAGAGCUUGUAAUAUCAUGCGGAUUUUUCAUGAUAUAUUUCGUGGAAGAGAUUAUUCAUUGGGCAUUGUGCCUCCAUGCUGGACACGCCCAUCAUGCUGCUGAAACGAGGACAAUCCGAUCAUGCGCGGCGAACCCUUACGAACCCAAUCGCCGAUCUGCCGCAGGUCCUGGAGGUUUGUCGCAUCCUCAAGCGGAUCCUGUUGUACCCAAGUUUUCGUUGGAACGAUCGGUAGAGUUUACACGCAACGAUGUGUCUAACUCUUCCCAAGCGUCUGGCGCAUCUGCAUUAAAAUCUAAGCGUCGUAGUGUAAGAGGAGCUGAUGAUCCUGUUUCCUCACGAUCAAUGGCAACCUCCGGCGAAACAUGGAACAUAGAGGAAGAUGGAUCCGUGGGCGCAUCAUACUUAUCUCGCAGCUUAGAUUCUCAAGAGUCUGCGAAGCGUAAGGAAGCUACACGUUUGCGUAUCAUAACUGAAGGGCAUCCCAAGAGUUACGGUGCCAUUUCUGUUGGACUGCCAAAUGCCGGCUGUCAAGCAGCUAUGAUUACUGUUGCAAAUGACGUCGCUCAAGUGCCGAUUGUUGCUGUUGUGGACAGAGACCACGGCCAACAAAGGAGUUGGUCUCUCGUACAUGAGCAAGCCAUCAGUCCUAUACGCUCCGUUUUCAUUAUUCUGGCUCUCAGCUUCCAUUCACUGUUCGAAGGCUUGGCGAUUGGACUUCAGAACACACCAACUGAUGUGUGGUAUCUGUUCGCUGCCGUGAGCUUCCACAAAUUUGUGAUCACCUUCUGUGUUGGCCUCGAGCUCGUAGUUGGAGGGGUACGGAAAAUGAUGGUGUUCUUAUACAUUUUUGUGUUCGCCCUGGUCUCGCCGAUUGGAGUGGCGAUUGGCAUCGGACUCAGUGAGACCACGGGAUCAACGCAAGUUGAAACCUUGACCACGACGUUUUUGUCGGGUAUAGCAGCUGGAACAUUGCUCUACGUGACAUUUUUUGAGGUUUUGCAACGUGAAAGAGAGCGGGAAGGCAACGGCGUCUUUCGAGUGGUGUUCGUGAUUGCAGGAUACGUGUGCAUGAUCGCCCUUGAAAUGAUUCACGGACACGGUCAUUCUCACGACGCUGAUCCGACUGUAGUCUGA